AUCCCGAAAAUCGAGAAAGCCCACCCUAAUGGCGGAGCAGUAGACGAUGACCGCCUCCGCAAAGACCAUCUGCUCCAUCUGCUACGAAGACCUCCGCCCCGUCGCCGAGGAUCUCCAAUCCAUCUCCCUCUGCGGCCAUGUCUUCCACGAGCUCUGUUUGCAGCAGUGGUUCGAGUACUCGUCCAACAACAAGUGCACCUGCCCGGUGUGCAAGCAGAGCUGCAAGGCUACCGAUGCCGGCCGGCUUUACUUCCAGUCGGUGGAUCCCGGCUGCACGCAGAGAGCGGUUGUUGUCGUUGACUGUGGGGAGGACAGCGAGGCGCUGCGGCAGGAGGUGCAGAGGCUGGAGUCCAAGACGGUUGUGCUUAAUUCGGCAUUGGACCGCCAGGGGCAGAGUCUCAAGGAGCUGACUGAGGAGCUUUGUUUAUGCAAGGAGCAGGCAAAGAAAGAAGUAGCAUUAAAAAAUGAUGCAGUUGCAUCAAAGAAUGAAGCCUUGAAGCAACAAGUACCCCUGGAACGGAUGCUUCAUGUGAAAUCUGGGGAGCUUGAUAAAGUAACUAUGGAAUGCGUGAGGCUGCAAGAAAAGAAUAUGAAGUUGGCCAAGGAGCUUGCUGCAUUCAAAUUGGUAUCUGACUUUGAUCUGAAAGAAGAGGAAGUCCUAAACUAUGCAGCUUUUGGUAAUGGGGUGAACAACAAAGAGUCGAUAGAUAGCCUAAAGCGGUCCCUGUUGUCGUGUGAAAGGGUUUACCAGGUCCAUGCCAAAAAGAUGACGGCUAGAUACAAUGAAUUGAUGAAAAAGCACAGAGAUCUUGCACAGGAGAAGGCUCAUUCUAAUGAAGAACUAGAGAAGUUAAAAGAAAAGAUGAAUACAUUAAAGACAAGGGUACAAGAAUUGGAGAGUGCCACAGAAGUCAAGGACAAUGAAGUUCUGAGGGCAUUAAAAGGUUCAAGGGAACCUGAAGGGGAAAGGAUUAUUCAGAAUAAUAUUAGUUGUAAAUUUGGUUCUGUGUCUGUCAACAAUCCAUCAGAAGAUCAAAGCAGACAGUUUACUCCAAAGCAUAAACUGGGUAGGAUGGGAAGCAUGCGAAAUGAUCCACUGUGCCAGACAGUACACUUCAAUUUCAUUAGCCCGAUAGAUUCAAAUUCUACUAAAAAUGGUACAAGUACCAGUGGUCAUGAUGAAGAAAGAGAUCCAUUCUAUUUAAUUGAUGAUGUUGCUUCAAAAUUCUCUACAACUAGACAUGGACUUUCAAAUACCGAAGUGAAAGACCCACUCUGUGAGCCUAGUACUAGCCAGAAGUCUAGCAUGUUAAGAUCAGGGGUAGCUUCUGAGACAACCAAUGGAACUUCAGUCCUUAGGCUAAGGAAACCAGACAAACCUUUCGGCUCAGUAACUGAUAAGAUGACUCAUAUUGCCGAGGCUCCCACUGCUGAUGUUGUAAUUCUUGAUGAUUUAGAAGAAGUACGCCCUGUGCUUAACAUUAUUAAGGAUUCUCCCAUCACACAAGUGCUUCCUAGACCAGGGGAUGGAGGCCCUUCUGGUGGCUUGAUUGGAGUUGAUGGAGCAAACAGGUUGGGAAAAUGGUGCAAGCAGAGUGUAAAUAAUGGAUCUAUAACAAGACUAGACUCAACGAAAGAUAACAGUCAUUUGAUUGCUGUUGGAACUGAUGGAAGAGGUGGAAGAAUCAAAGUUCUCAGACCUCAUAAUCAAUCAACGUUGGAUAGUAAGUCGACUUCACGGGGACCAAAGAGGUGCAAGUAUGGAGCUAAGACAAAUAGUUUGCAGUCCCAAGGGUGCUUGCAAAUGGAACACUUCUUCGGAAGAUCUGGUAAAUAAUUAAACUGAUUAAGAGAUGCGUGUACUGUAUAUCUGCAUUCUGCAAGGUUGGAAUGCUUUAGUUUCUAUGAUUUAUUAGAGCCAAGAAGAGAAUACAUAAGUUCACUUGUUAUGCUCCAUCCAAUAUAUGCUAAGAGACUAUCAAAUGGAAGAAGCUGAUGGCAUUAUCUGUACUUCCUGCUUCUGGACUUUGAGUUCUGCUAGUUCUGAUUUAAUCAUUUACCCUUUGUCUUCUUAAACUCUGACUAAGUAGAAAGAAAAUCAUGUUUCAUAUUAGGCUCCCUUAAUAGUACUUGACCUAAACUGAUCCUGUAUACAAGAUUUUAGAAAGCCAUUUAUCAUGGAUCCUUCUUUGGAUCUGGUAUUAUUGCUUCGUAUUGAAACUAAUUAUGGCAAACGAAAUUUCUGGAAUUAUUGCAAAUGGUAUUGUUCUGUUGUAAAUGGACUUUGCCUUGCAUUCUUCUAGUUCGUGGAGUUACUGAUAAAGUUUGGCAGUACAGCAGAAAAGGGUGCUUUGUACAUUAAUUAAUCAGCAGCC